UUAUUGAUUCAAAAGAGUUUAGAAGAAGAUUCAAUUAAUGGCAUAGGCUGUGGUGUAUUUAAGCGUUACUUGUUUCCACAAUAUCCUGAAAUGGCUCGUAAACUUUUUGCAUUUCUGGUAACUUCAUCUGGAGGUCCUGCUUCUUCCCAUGUUAUUAGUUAUACAAACUUUAAAGCCCAAACUGAACGUUUACUGAGUGUUUUGGCUGAUGACCGCCAAGUAUUGAUGUACGUCACGAUGUAUGCUGAUGGAAAAGAAGAAAUUGAUCAAGACCAAUUUCGAGACUUACUCUUAGCUGUUUACAAACUUGCGAUGGAUCAUUAUCCUGAAGGUCCUCAGUCUUGUCGUUAUAUAUUUAAGACUGUUCAAUCUGUUGUUGAUUCUGCAUUUCAUAAAAAAUUAACACUAAAAGUGGGUUAUUUAACCAAUUGGAUACUUCAACAUUGCCCACGGUUAAUCGUCCUACUUCAUCGGUAUAUUGUCCACAUCUUAUCCACUGGUUACAGAUCCGUUAUUGAAAAGUGCCCAUAUUCCAAACCUAAUGAAAACGAACCUAAUGAUCUCGAAUUGACAACACCAGUUUUAGAACAAGAAAACUUGUUCAAUACCGAAAAGAGUCCAUUAUUGCCGUUGUCUCAAGURUGGAUAUUAUCUACAACAUUACCAGCAUUAUAUACUCAACCAAUUUUGCAUUCCAAACCAACACCAAACUGUUUCAACACGCAAAACUUCUUAUCAAAAUUUGUAAGUUUUUAAUUAGUAUUUGAACUCGUUUUUGGGGGGAAGCUAUUUUCUUGACUCAAAAUAAUAUUACAAACAAGUUCAUUMUCUGAGUUUUUUAUCCUCAUUA